GAGCGCAGCUCCGCUCCCCGCCGCUCUUCUCCUCGCCGCGUAUCGCCGCGUAUUGCCGCGCCGCGCCGCCAGAAGCGCUCGGAGAUAUUCAGAUCAUUCAAAUUGCUCUGGCAAUGGCAAGAAAUAUGAUGAGAGCUGUCAGAGUUUUUGAAUUUGGUGGCCCUGAAGUGUUGAAACUCCAGUCAGAUGUCCUAAUUCCUGUUCCAAAAGAAAAUCAGGUAGUAAUUAAAGUCCAUGCCUGUGGGGUAAAUCCUGUGGAGACAUAUAUUCGUUCUGGGACUUAUGCUAGAAAACCAGCUUUACCUUAUACUCCUGGCUCAGAUGUGGCUGGUGUUAUUGAACGUGUUGGAGAACAUGUGACUGCGUUCAAGAAAGGUGAUAGGGUUUUUACUACUGAAACUGUCUCUGGCGGAUAUGCAGAUUAUACUGUUGCUGCAGCUAAUAGAAUCUUUCCUUUGUCGGAUAAAUUGGACUUCAAGCAAGGUGCAGCAAUUGGAAUACCCUAUUUCACUGCUUACCGUGCUCUCUUCCAAAAAGGACGUGCCAAAGCAGGGGAAAGCGUGCUAGUCCAUGGUGCGAGUGGGGGAGUGGGAAUAGCAGCAUGUCAGAUUGCCAGAGCUUAUGGUUUAAAGGUUUUGGGUACAGCAGGAACUGAGGAAGGCAUGAACACAGUUCUGAGGAAUGGUGCUCACCAAACGUUUAAUCACAGAGAAGCUAAUUAUAUUGAUAAGAUUAAGGAAUACACAGGGACUAAAGGAGUUGAUGUAAUAAUAGAAAUGCUGUCUAACAUCAAUCUUGCUAUUGACUUGCAUCUGUUGUCCUGUGCGGGAAGGGUGAUGGUUGUGGGCUGUAGAGGUCCUACUGAGAUAAAUCCGAGAGACACUAUGAGUAAAGAAUCUAGCAUAAUAGGAGUUAGUCUGUUUCUUGCAACUGAGGAAGAAAGAAAUGAAUGUGCAGCAUCAGUCCUUGAUGGUAUAGAAGCUGGCUGGCUGAAACCAGAAAUAGGCUCCAUAUAUCCAUUGGAGAAUGUAGCUAAGGCUCAUGAAGACAUUAUUCAUAGCAGUGGUGCUCGAGGAAAGAUGGUGCUCCUUCCAUAAAGUCUUUUUCUUUCUUUUUUUUUGGGGGGGGGGGGGGUAUAGGUGCUCUAAUUGUACCUUUGCCUACCCAAAUCAUUGACCAUAUUUUACAAAAUAUGCUAUUGAUCAUGUUUCAUAAUAACAGCGGAUGGUGACCUGCAUAUAUUUCAUUAACAAUCUAUUCUGUAUCUGUAAUGAGCAGAGUUGCAUAUACUUUAAAGAAAUUUUUGUGGCUUUUUUGACUGAUAUGAAAAUACCUUUGCUGACAUACCCUUGUGGCAGAGGGGAAACUAAUACCUAAGCUAGAACUUGACUUAACGCUCUAACUUGAAACCAUGUUCAGGCUGCUGGAAAGUGGUAGGUAGUAUAGAAUGAAGCUUUUGGUCUGCAGCCUGAAAAACGCAAAUAACUAGGUUUCUGUAGAUUCUUUAGCCACAAAAUUUUCUCAUUUAUCUUUUGUCACAGAAUUUGUUUGGAAUCAUAACUUUGAAUAUCAAAAUAUUUCACUUUCCAGCUCUAAUGAUGGCUGAAGAGUCUCUCAAAUAUACAUUGUGUAUGAACAAAAGCAAUUUUAUUUUCCUGUACUUGACUUAGUAUCUGAGGUGUAAGUGUCCUAGUAAAUUCGAAGAGAAAAUGA